CCAUACGUUCGUUUGUAAAUUCAUCAGCAUUAAACAACCACAUUUAAAAGUAACUGUACGCCAAAGAAGGCCAUUUCGUAUGCAUAUUUUUAUUUUAACUUAAUUUCAUAAAAAGUGGCGUGAACAUUGAAUUCCACAGUUCAUCGGUAUCCACAUUUAAUAUUCGUAUUUUAUUGUAUCAGCACUCUAAUUCGGGCCUUUGAAAGAGCAGUAUUAUUAACCUAACUUCCGGUGUUUCUGGUUAUAUUUGGCUAACUUGACGCCUCCUUCAGCGCUGAGGAGGUGUGUUCAAAGAUUUAAAUCUCUCACAGAUGAGCGGUUGAUGAACAGUGGUGCUGGUUGCGCCAUAUUGGCUGCCUUUUAAGGGGAGAGGAGUUUGGCCGAGCCGCUUGACAAACCCAACCAGUCUACAGACAUGAAGCUUUUCAGAAAAAUCUUGUAACUUGGCACCGCAGAUUGUAAAGUGUUCAAUUGCAAAGUUGUUUGCACUGCCUUUUUGUUUCUGUGGAAAAGGUUUUCGAAAAACUCGAGUCCAAUGGAUCCUAGGACCGUUUGGAUCCAACCGGAGCAGAAUGGACCGGCCAAUUCCCUGUGGAUGCAUUUUUGGGAGACUUCACGCGCAUUCGGAGCGAAUUCCGGCCUCGACAACCAGCCUCACAACCAGCGCAACUUUGCGGUACAAAAUGCAAACUUGGUUUCAUACGGCGAGAGCUGUAGGCAUGUAUCGCCGACACCCGGGACUGUGUUUGGGAAACUGCUGCGGGCAGACAGCGGCGGCGAGAGGGGAAGUGUCCGGAGGAAGGGCUCGUUGUCACCGUCCUCUUCCUCUCUGGACUCGGAGGCCGACAGCUCCUCUCCCCACGGCUCCUCGCUUCAGAUUGAUAGCUUGAGCGCGGCGUACGAGGCCGGGCAGUUUUUACACUACGGUGAGCGGAAGGUGAACGAGAACAGCCUCCGGCAGCCCGUUCACGUUGUUCAGCCACAUUGUCGCAGCAUGCAACAGCUCGGCGGCCACACCCCCACCGAGGUGAAAAAUCAGCAAGGGAACAAGCAGCAGCAGCACUAUCAAUCAAACCCAUCCGGCCGCAGGAGGCAGCUGAACAGGGCCAACACUUUUCACGGCUUACACCCGCUCAUCUCCUGCGGCUUUAAUGGCCACUAUAUAGACUCUUCCUAUAGCCUGUGGAAAACCAGGCGCUACAGCCCGGGUGUCAAUGGCCUACAUGAGGAAAUAAUGGAUUUCUUCAACUUCAUGUCACCAAGACCUGAGGAGGAGGCCAUGAGAAGGGACGUUGUGAACAGAAUAGAAAGUGUCAUCAAAGAUCUGUGGCCCACAGCUCAGGUGGAAAUUUUUGGCAGUUUCAGCACAGGUCUCUAUCUUCCUACAAGUGACAUUGACCUUGUGGUGUUUGGGAAGUGGGACCAUCCCCCACUGCAGGAUCUUGAGCAAGCUCUAAGAAAACACAACGUGGCUGGCAAUUAUCCUAUCAAAGUCCUUGACAAAGCUACGGUUCCAAUCAUUAAACUCACUGAUCAUGAGACCAAGGUGAAAGUGGACAUCAGCUUUAAUGUAGAGACUGCAGUUAAGACAGCACAGUUCAUCAAAAGCUACCUUAAGAAAUACACCGUUCUUCCACCCCUGAUCUUCGUUCUGAAACAGUUCCUCUUGCAGCGGGAUCUGAAUGAAGUCUUUACUGGAGGCAUCAGCUCAUAUAGCCUUAUACUUAUGGCUAUCAGCUUUUUGCAGCUACACCCUCGGAUAGACACACGGCGCACCAACAUUAACCUGGGCAUCCUGCUAAUUGAAUUCUUUGAGCUCUACGGUCGUGAUUUCAAUUACAUGAAAAUGGGCAUCCAAGUGAAGAAUGGAGGAGCUUACCUGUCCAAGGAAGACAUGCUGCAAGCUAUGGACCAUGGAAACUGGCCAUCCAUGCUCUGCAUUGAAGAUCCUGUACAGCCAGGGAACGAUGUAGGCAGGAGUUCAUAUGGAGUCCUGCAAGUCAAGCAGGUCUUUGAUUUUGCAUAUAUGGUUUUGAACCAUAGCGUAUCACUUCUGUGUGCACAUCCAAACAAAGAGUACGACAGCACUUUAGGACGAAUUGUUAAAGUCAGCCCAGAGGUGCUGGCCUACAGGGAAUGGAUAAUCAAGACAUGGGGAGCCAAAAAGUGCACCAAGCUGACCAAUGAUGUAGAGAGCUGCGAGCAGGAGCUUGCCAGAAUGAUGCUGAUUGGAGAACAAAGGGAUUCCCCCUCUCCCCUGAGCUCGGACUCCCCUUCACCUUCUCCAGUGUUUCCUCCCAGCCCUCAACACCAUUCAUCGUCUUCCUCAGCAUGCUCACUUUCUUCUUCUUCCUCUGGAAGCGACAUCGACUCGGACUCUCCAAAAAGUAGCAACGGUUCUGACGAGCUCCACCCGGUCACCUUGGCUUCAAUCCAUUCAGUGAUCCAGAUGGCUGCUGAUCUGGGGGCCACACAUCCAGCAAGCUUUAUCCACACCACACAUCAGAUGUGUCUCCCAGAAAACAUUACCAUCCCUCCUACCAAUUGCCAGUUCUACCACGAGAACCCUCCUUCCAUUGCCAUUGUGCACCGUCACACAACACAAGCUGCACAAUUCCCCCAGCAGACUAAGCCACCGAGCCCUCUUUUCACCCACGUCCACCACACUCAGGUAGGAGGGCCGCUGUGCCACCAGUACGCCCAGAGAUCCUAUUCCCAAGGCUCACUGGAGCCACACAAGUUUGGCUCCAAGCACAACCAAGCUGGUAGCCUCCAAUGCCAUAAUCCCUCUCAAGGCAACUUUAGUCUGCAGCACAGGCUGGUUCACCAGGCUCACAACAUUGUGUCAUGUUUCAGAACCCAGCACCAGUACAACCGUAACACAUGGCGACGCAGGAAGAAAGCCGUUUUUCCAUCUCUGAAUCAGAGCUAAUGAAAGAAGUCAGUUGUAGCACACAUUCUGUUGUUGAAGGGUCUUUAAAAUGCUUCUGCACCUGUGCAACAAUUCACAAGUUGCUUGAAGGCAUUUCCAAUUGCUUGCUAGGGCCUUGCAACAAAACUUUUAAGGUCUUAACCUUGCUCAUGUUGUUCUACUAGUCUGAAGUCAGUGGCCCUUCCACCAGCAUAAAUUCAGUUGAACUGGUGAUAACCAGACCGGGCCGGCCUCAGUAGUGUCAUCUCCAGAUUACGGAGCUGUUGCGUAUUUAGUGUCCAUGCCACUUGAACAUCAUGUGCCGUAGUACUGUUGUGGUUCAUCAAGCCUGACACUUCUUAAACUUUUGAUUCUUAUUGAACCUUUUUUUUAGCAUUAGGUUUCAGUCUUCUGAAUGUGUCUCCCCUUUUAGCUCGAAAUCUUUUUCGGAGCUCUUAAAAGUUCAGUGUAUCGUCUAGAAAUUGUAUUCUGGACUGAAGCAAAGCACUACACUUUCCUUCUACCUAUGCAGCGCAACGCUGACAAUGUUUUUGAUGUGACGGCACAAAACGGACAUUGUCUCAAGUGCUUAAACUGUGAAAACUGAUUUGAAUGUACACUUUUGUGUGUGUGUUGGUCAUACAUUUUUCUCUUGUUGUAAACCCACCAGAAUUUUUGUUUUUUUUUGUUUUUCUUUUUUUCACAUUGUUGUUUUAUGCUGCAAACUUUGACACCUUAUUUUUUGUUGCAGCAAUGUGCAAUAUUUACUGGUUUUUAUUUAAUUUAUUUUAGAUUUUAGUCUAGUCUUUUUUUUUUUUUUUUUUUUUUUUUUUUUUUAAGCCUUUAUUAAUGUGUGCAAUAGAUUGAUUCAAGGGCCUAGACAAAGUUUGUGUGUGUGUGAGAGAAAGAGACCUUUCAGCAGAAGGAGGCGGUGUGGUAUAACAUUAGAAAUGUGCCAAAAACCCUUGACUCAAAUGUUUUCCCACUUGAAUUUUGCCAACUGCCUGUCUAAAAAGUUUUCCACAACCAGUCUUUAUUUUAAACAUAUCACCUAUAUAGCCAGAGUUAUAUUUAAAGAGCUAAAAACCGUCUUCAGCCAGGUUUGCGCCUCGUGACAUUUCAGAAAUAUUUGGUGCUAUUUUAUACCAGCAAAGUGCUUGUUUUCUGCCUUAUAAAUACUCUGGUUCUGUUAAAGCAGCUGGUUAACUGCCUUCUUAAUUGACCAAACCAGAUUUUGUUUUGUUUUUUUUCUUAUGUGUAAACUGAGCUUUCUGCAUACCUUUCAGUAAGUACUGCCAGGCUUUUAUUUAUGCCAUCUCUAGGUGCCGGCUCAGUGAGCACACUACUUUUGCUCUCGAUAAAUGUCUGUAUUGGCAUUUUUUUCUUGUUUUAGUGAACAAAUCUGCGAAACAGUUGUAGGUGUAUACAUUUUUUUCGCUUUCACAGUUUACACAUGAAUUCCCUAAACGACCAGUGCUCCCACUCAAGUAAAUUUAGAAGAGCCACAACAGAAAUUCGAGGACUUGUUUCAAAAGUCGAACGUGCCUCCAAUGUAUCAAGCCCAACAUGAUUUUCUUAGCAUUAUCACUUUGUUUUCAGAGCUGCUUGUCAUAACAUUAUCUAAGACUAUCUGGGGCCACAUUGCAUCACACCAAAUCCCCAGAUCUGUGUAUGAAGGAUGGAUUGUAAUGGGUUAACAACUUGCAUUUCAAUGUAUACCUUUUUUUUUUUUUUUAAUGUAAGUUUUCUAUUUUUUUAAUAAACAUUUUUAAAAAGCAAA